UUUCACCCCUCAUCAAAGGACCUUGUCUGGGCAGGAAAAAUGAUCUAGCAUCCUGGGCUGCAACCAAUGCAGACCCUGGUCUGGGAGGAGAAGGACGGCGAUGUAUAUACUUUGUGAUGACAUGAUGUCCUGAGAAUGACAGAUGAGCACGUUAAAGACACAAUGGAGGAGUUUCUUCUCUCCCAUGGUUACCAGAUGGGUAAAACCAUUGGAGAAGGGACAUAUUCAAAGGUCAAGGAAGCUUUUUCAAAAAAACACCAACGAAAAGUGGCCGUGAAAAUUAUAGACAAAAUGGGAGGACCAGAAGAGUUUAUCGAGAGAUUCCUGCCCAGAGAGCUCCAGAUCGUCAAGCGCUUGGACCACAAGAACAUCAUCCGAGUGUACGAGAUGCUGGAGUCAACGGACGGGAAGAUCUACCUGGUGAUGGAACUAGCAGAGGAUGGAGAUGUGUUUGACUGUGUCCUGCAAGGGGGGCCCUUGCCUGAGAGCCGGGCCAAAUCGCUCUUCCGCCAGCUGGUGGAGGCAAUCCGCUACUGCCACAGCUGUGGCGUGGCGCACCGUGACCUCAAGUGCGAGAAUGCGCUCCUGCAGGGUUUCAACCUGAAACUGACCGAUUUCGGAUUUGCCAAGCUGCUCCCCAAAAACCGAAAGGAGCUGAGCCAGACAUUCUGUGGCAGCACAGCCUACGCAGCCCCCGAGGUGCUGCAGGGUGUGCCCCACGACAGCCGGAAAGGUGACAUUUGGAGCAUGGGCGUGGUUCUCUACGUCAUGCUCUGUGCAAACCUGCCCUUUGACGACACGGAUAUCCCCAAGAUGCUGUGCCACCAGCAGAAGGGGGUCUCCAUUCCUGGCCACUUAGGGAUUUCUGAGGAAUGCCAGGACCUCCUCAAAAGCCUGUUGGAACCAGACAUGAUCCUGAGACCUUCCAUCGAAGAAGUGAGUUGGCACCCGUGGUUAGCAGGCUCCUGAGAAAAGGACCAUGUCAAAAACUCUCCCCAAAUAAAAGGGGACAGGCUGUUUCCAAAAUGCUCACAUAUA